UCAAUUAAUGGAGCUUUGAUUAUUAAAACCACAUUAGAAUGUUGGGAUAGGAAUUUAAACACAGCUCAUAAGGUUAUUUUCCGAUGCUUGCUGAGUAACAUGCAGUCCAUUCACCUAGUCCUAUUUGGCAGUUACCUAUUCUGGAGUGUCCUCAGCGAACCCAUCAUAGUGUACAAACUGAAAAAUAUUGAGUGCUCAACAGUGCCUGGGUUUUCGGCGAACGCUUCGUGCCAUAUAAGAGCCGUUAACUGGAACAAGGCGGUGGCUGAAAUGGAUGUCUAUCUUCUAAGGACUUUGUACAAUAUAACGAUCCUCAAGAGAGACUACACCAACCAGUUCCAGCCGUUUCUCGUGGACGUUCAAAUAAACAUGUGCGAUGCACUAUCCAGGCGCAGCUUUAUUCCUUAUGGUUUGAUUAUUCUGAGAAUCAGCAGGAUGUUCUCAAACUUCAAUCACUCCUGUCCAUAUUACGGCCAUUUGCUAGCACGUGACGCCUAUUUGAACGAAACCUUCUUUCCCAACGUCUUCCCCCUAGGUUUCUACAAAUUAAACAUCACGAUCAUGGAGAACUACCGAACUCCGCCGAGCGCACAUGUUGGUGGUUUCGUCUGGUACGUCCAGGUGAUGCAGGCUAUCCAGCCAAAGAAGAAGAAACCCAAUCGAGACGUGUAG